CAUCAGAUCAAUCCAUUAGAUAUAACACCCCAAAAGAAAAGCCAAGUUAGAUAUCAUGGCUCUCAACGCUGCCUCAUCGGCGCUCCACCUCAACCUCCCCAGCACGUCGGGGCGAACCCCCUCCCUCGUCACCGUUCAUCCCUCGGUUCUCGCUCAGAUCUUGGAUCACCAAUCCCGUAAACCCGCUGAACAACCACGAGUGAUCGGAACCCUGCUCGGCGUCCGAUCGUCCGAGACGGGAUCCACCGGGUCGAGCAGCGAGAUCGAGAUCAGGAACUGUUUCGCCUUGCCUCAUGUCGAGACUGACAAGGAGGUCGCUGUGGAUAUGGAGUACCACAGGAGCAUGAUGAACUUGCUUGGAAGCGGUCGGGAGGUCUUGGUCGGAUGGUACUCAUCCUCGCCAGACAUUACCCCUUACUCCGCCCUCAUCCAAAACUUCUUUGACGGCGAGACCGGCUCCUCUACCCCUGCCGUCCACCUGACGUUUGACACCAACCUCUCGCAAGAGAACGUCGACUCGAGCUUGUCCGUCAAGGCCUAUGUCGCCAGGGAAGUCGGAUCGGCACCCAAGCCGGAGAACGCCGUCUUCCUGCCCAUCCCUUGCAGCGUCAAGUACCAGUUGACCGAAAAGGCCGGUCUCGACCUCCUCACCCCCAACCUCGCCUCUGCCGACUCUCAAUCCGCCCAGACCUCGCAACCUCCCCUCCAAACCCUCUCGCAGAGCAUCGCCGCUCUCACUCAAAACCUCACCCAGAUCCAAUCUUACGUACGAGAGGUCACCUCGGGUUCCCGUCAAGCCGACCCCGAAGUCGGGAGGUACCUGCUCGAAGCCGUCGGAAGGUGGAAGUCGGAGAACGGGGGUGCCGCCGCGGGUGACGACGAAGAUGGUGCGGCCGAGGAGGGCGUCAAGAAGGGUCUGCAGGAUACCCUGAGCGUGAGCUAUUUGAGCGCGUUGAUCAGGACCCAGGCAGAGUUGAGCGCCAGGUUGAAUUUGUUGGCGUGAGCGGGUCGAUUCGUAUCGGGUUUUGUAUCAUGAGCGUAAACGUCUUUGCGCGUUUUUUUCACGAUGGUAUGGAUAGACAUAAAAUGACGA